AUGGCGAUGCCGAAGGCGUUCGGCGGCAGAAAAUGCCACUGGAGGCCCCUUCGCCGUGUCGGACUGUACCAAAGCCCCUUGGGUGCAAUGUUCCUGGUGAUCCUCAGCACCUUUCGGGAGCAGGCUGACAGAGGAGUGGCUCUGGCGGCAAAGCUCAGUUGUUACCUAACCAAACUUCUGCAAAAUCAUACUGCCUAUGCCUGCGAUGGGGAACGUUUGAGUCUGCCCUGUCCUAGGAAUUCAACAAUAAGUGUUCAGUCAGCAUUUUACGGGCAAGACUACCACAUGUGUAGCACUCAGGAGCCUGAAACCGGGAUGACAGAACCCAUCAACUGUGUGGCGCCCACCUCUUUGCAGAAAGUACUGGAUGAAUGCCAAAACCUGAGAUCCUGCCAACUCCUUGUCAAUAGUCGGGUUUUUGGACCUGAUCUGUGUCCAGGGACCACUAAAUUCCUCCUUGUCUCCUUUAAAUGCAAACCUACUGAAUACAAAACCAAAUCAGCGUGUGAAAACCAGGAACUGAAACUCCACUGUCAGGAGUCCAAGUUCCUUAUCAUCUACUCUGCCACCUAUGGCAGGUGGGCACACGAGGAGAACGUCUGCUCAACAGAAGUGGAGCGCGUCCCCCCCUUUGACUGUUUGUCUUACACGGCGCUAGAGGUUUUAUCAAAAAGAUGUUAUGGGAAACAGAGAUGCAAAAUCAUUGUCACUAGCCGGGAUUUUGGAAGUCCAUGCCUACCUGGAGUAACAAAAUACCUUAAUGUCAGCUAUGCAUGUGUUAAAGUCCUCAUUUCUGAAAUGAAGCCAUAAUGAAAAUUAACAAUGCAAGCA